AUGGCACUGAUCAACAAAAAUGAGAUCUUCGACAUCUGUGCAACUUUCGAACAUUUUCUCGAGAACAGCGAAAUAUCACCUCCUCUGGCGGCCAUACUUGCCCUGUCAGAGUCGAUCGUGCAAUCUAACGCCGGCACUAUGUUCGAACUCGUCCAGGCACUCAACGAUGGCGCGGGGGUACUCAAGGAACGCACGUCUAAUCCUAUCAGUCUGAACGCAGGCUGUGAAUUGUUCACUGCAUUUGUCACACUAUUUCCCCAUGAAUCCGAUAGCUUCGCCGAGCUCAAGUUGGAACUUGUGAGGCAAGGAAGAAAGUAUGCCGCAGAGGCGAUCUCUUUUCGAGACAGGAUCGCAGAGCUCACGCUUGGCUUCAUCAAAGACGACUCAGUCAUACUGACUCAUUCGCAUUCACGUGUUGUUAUGAAGGCAUUGCUCCAUGCGCACAAAACAAAAAGAAUUUCGGUCUACGUUACAGAGGCACGGCCUAGAGGUCUAGGCUUAAACACAUAUGAAACUCUGACGGCUGCUGGUAUACCCUGCACAGUAGUCCUCGAUUCAGCGGUGGCGUACGUCAUCGAUCGAGUAGACUUUGUCCUUGUGGGAUCAGAAGCCGUAGUAGAAAGUGGGGGGUUGAUUAAUGCCGUCGGAAGCAAUCAGAUAGCCAUCAUUGCUAAAGCAACUCAUAAACCAUUCUACGCUCUUGCUGAGAGUUACAAAUUUCACCGUCUCUUUCCGCUAUCACAAUAUGACCUACCAACACACAAUCUUAACAUCCUGUCCUUCCCUUCCCUCCCACAACGACCGGCUGGUUCGCAAGCACCACCUUCUUCAGUGCCAUCGAGCUCUAAUGGAGGACUUAUAUCCGCAAGCUCACCGAGGGAGUCAGAUAGAACGAUGACGACGGAACAACUCUCGCGUAAUCCUGACGUGGAUUACACCAGGCCGGACUUAAUUUCUCUGGUCUUCUCUGACGUAGGAAUACUGACGCCAGAAGGAGUCAGUCAGUAUCUGGUCGGUAUGUUCGCCGGGUGA